AUGUUCGUUAAUAACUAUUGCUUGCCAAUGAAUUGUAUUGUUGCUCCACUCAACGGUUGUGGAGGAAUAUACUUAGGAAAUGUUGAUGCAGCCUAAGACUCUCAAUUGCUCAAUUAACAUAAAAUUGGAGCAGUAUUGUAAAUAUUAGAUUAAUCUGUUCCUGUAUAAGGAGCCCAAAAAUUAGUAAUGAUUUAUCAAUAAAUUUAGUGGAUCAUGGCUGAGGAUUCAGAAGACUUUCCUCUACAUAAAUACUUUGAUUAGAGCAUUAGAUUUAUAGAGAAUUAAAGCAAAAAGACCAAUGUGCUGAUACAUUGUUAUGCUGGGAUAUCUAGAUCUGCUGCAAUUGUAGCUGCAUACAUGAUGCAAAAAUACAAUUGGAGUGUCAAUCAGACAAUGCUACACAUCCAAAGUAAAAGAAGGAUUGUGAGCCCUAAUUCUGGAUUCAUGAAAUAACUAAAGGAUUUUGAAAGGAAAUUAUCAAACCAAGAUCAAUAAUUAUCGUUGAACUCAUUUAAAUUAGAAAGAUCAAAUUAUAGGCCAAGUUCAGCAUUGUCCAAUUACAAUAAAAUAAGCACUCCAGCUAAGUAGGCUUUCGAUAAAAUAAAUAUACCAAGCACUAAGUCAUCAUCGAGAUUGGAUGAUUUUAGUAGUAAACUAGAUCAGUUUAGACAUUUAUUGAGAGUGAAACAAAAGGCUUAUUGAAUUUACUUAAUAUAAACUAAUA